AUGUCCCUGCUGGACUACUUUGAGACGCAGCGCCCCGCAUUGAAGCGGAUCAAGCGGUCUGAUAGCGAGACUGCGGUGUCAGCAGUGGCUCAAAAUGAUCAGGCAGGCAAACAUGACAGUGACAUAGGAGAUGAUAGCGAGAGGAGUCGAUCUAUGCCGUUCCUAGAAUCCGAAAACCUCAUUCCGGCCUCGGACUUUCUGGACACCUCUGCGGCAGAUGGUAGUGAUGAUGUUCACCAUCUUACGAGCAGUCAGACGGAACUAGAAACGUCUCUUCCGCCCGUCAAGACAGACCAGGAGGCUAUCGAAGAGUAUGAAGCUUCUCGAGCGGCAGCAGCAGCAGCAGAGGAAGAACCCGGCCUCGAAGAAAGGCUAGGAGAACGAAAAUGGCGGAAAGGCAGAAGCUCCAUUUAUGUGGACGCCUUCAAUCUCGCUCUGGAUACUGUCCUCGAUGAAGAGGCGCACCUAUUUAACGAAGCUGAGAUGGAGGUCUUCAGACAGUGGCGAAGUCUGUCGUAUGAAGCCCAAUAUUUAUAUGUACGGCUCUUCCUUCGCAAGACCGCGGCAUGGCAUCGGAUCAAUAAAUUAGGGUAUCAUCAGGACAUAGCCGAUUUGCCUCGGGCGGUCGCCGAUCUCAGGCAAGUUCGUGCACUCCCGGCUGCUUCGGCAUGUGUGAGUGACUAUCCUGUGGAACUCGAACCUCUGGAAGGGAUUACGCUGGGCGAUUCCUUCAGAUUCGCGGAGGGAGUUGAGGAAAUCACCACAUUGGAAGAAGCAUCUACAUUACUUCUCCUCGAAGAGUUGAAGGGCCUGGCGAAAGAGGCCAAGGUGCAAGGAAAGAACAAAAAGGAGCUCCUGACAGCACUGCGCCAAGCAAGCCAAACGCAGACUGGCCUCGACUGGGGCAAUGAGAAUGGCAAGCCCCAAGGUCAGAAUGCCAACAGAGACAGCCACUUCGUGCGGAGGAUUCUUGACCACACCGGAGACUGUAUCAGGCUCUCAUCUGCACCGCUCAAGCUCUUCGAACGUGUGCAUCUGGUCUUUUACCGCUCAACCGAGUGGACAGAGAAGUCACUAACGACUAUCAUCCUUGCCAAAAUCUCGCGCAAGAAUUUCCCAGAAUAUAUUGUGUCGCGCUCUAGCGCGAUAUUUCCUUCCAGAGCGGCGCUGUUAGAAUUUGAGGCCGCCCUACGGACGCAGUUCCAAAUCGACAACAUCCUAGAAUUCAACGGCACCACCACGCCUGAGAGACUCCAGGUGAUCAAAGAUCUCAGCGAGAAAGUCUACCCACGUUGGAAGACGCUGCUUGAGCAGGAGCAGCGCAAGGAAGAUACGAUAUAUACAAGCGGCGAAGGGGCCUAUCUGCGCCGCUUCUCCCCGGCUUGGGUGUACACUCGGAUCAUCCACAAGGGUCUGCAUGCUCUUGGGAGGUUUAAGGAGCACAAGAGGGAGCAUGAGCUCUUGACAGAAUUGCUCGACCAGCGGCUAUCUCAUCCCGCGUGGCGGGGUGCGUGGUACCAGAGGAAGGCGCUUCUUGAGGAACAUUACAUGUGGGCGCUGACGCCCUUUGAGGGGCGCAGUGAGGACACUCAGAAAAAACACUGGAAGCGGAUUGCCCUCGAAACCUGCGAGCGGGGGCUUCAAGACCCAGACUGCCACAUCAUCUAUCACUACGACCUGCAGAAGCGGAUAAUGAAGCUGGAGAGAACGCUGAAAGUCGUAAAAAGAGAGCAGCACGACUUCGGACACGUCAUGCUGGCGAAGCCUUUGGAACGGGUUGUGGAGGGUAUCCGUAUAGAGAAGAGGGAAGAUUCUCCCACACGGAGUACAUCCAAGACGAAUGGCGACACACCGACGAAAAGAGGCCGGCCAACAGCUUGGGUAGAUGAGAGAGGGGGCGGAGGGGAAUGCAGGGUAGAGAACAUGUGCCUGAACUGGUACAGAGACAAUGGCUGGAAGGGCUAUCAUUCAGAAGGUGGGAUUGUACGAACAUUGAGAGAGAGAGAAACAGGAAAUGCUGACUAUCAAUCCUGCGGGGGAAAAUGCCAGUUCGGAUAUCUUUUCUACGACAUCCUCUUCACCUACGUCCCGAACGUCUUCCAGACCCCCUUCCAGACCUGUCCUCUGGACCUGCACACAGACGCAUUCUACCCCUGCCGAGCAUCAGAGAUCAACCACAGACUUGUGCAGCUCGCCAACGGCGAAGCGGAACAGAUCAUCCGCGACGUGCACGCGCGGGAAUCAGCGAAGCAGACCUGCAUCGUGGGCGUCGACUGGACGUUCGAACUCGACGACCUGGUCGAGAUCGUGCGGUGUUUUCCCGGCGAAGCGCUGGCGACGGUCUGCAAGGUCCUGGCGCAGGAGUACCAGCAGCGAGGCGGCGGCGGCAUCCCGGAUCUCUUCCUCUGGAGUCCCGAGAAGAAGGAGGUCAUGUUCGCCGAGGUGAAAUCGGAGAAUGACCGCUUGAGCGAUACGCAGCGGUUGUGGAUUCACGUCCUGAUGGGGGCGGGCAUCAGGGUUGAACUCUGCAAUGCGGUGGCGCGAGAAGUCAGAUAUGUAUAG